GGUCGGCCUGCCUUGCUUGCAUUGGGCCAGAAAGCCCAACAUGAUUUUCAACCUCUAUCAAUGUUUGGCUGUUUGCCGUCAGAACUCCGAGAGUUUCCCAGCUCUCUGAAGAAGUGAAGCCAGAACAUCAUUCUGACUUCUGAGUUCUGACUGAAACUUUGGCUUCGCCGGCAAGAUACUAUUUUGGCUGUUCUUCUUCUUAGCUCUAUUUUCUCUUCACUUCAUGCUUCUUCCAUGCGUCAUGUCUCUGCUUCUCAAUAUCUCAUUCAUCAGUAUGCUCUCAAACCCAGCCGCCUCGCAAUCUCUUCCGUCCAUCGCUAUUUCGGCACCCGCCGUAGCGGGUCACUUGAUUCCUUGGACAGCCUUCUUCAAGGAUGCGCCAGGGUUCAGCAAUGCGAGCAAGUUCACGCAAAGUUCAUCGUUUCUGGGAGCAACAGCUCCGCUUUCCUGGCUUCCCGAUUGGUAUCUACCUACGCUCGUUUUGGCCGCCUCUCGGAUGCCCAGAUGGCGUUUGAUUCUCGGAGCCAAUUGGAUUGCUUCUCGAACCAAAUUCUGUGGAAUUCGAUUCUCAGAGCUAGUGUUUCCGGCGAACGGUGUGUAAACGCACUGAAUUUGUAUGCUAGAAUGCGCAAGUUUGGAAAUUUAGGCGAUGGUUACACUUUCCCAUUGGUGAUUCGGGCGUGUAGACAGUUGGGUGGUAAUGGCAGGAAGAGUUCUAGGUUGAGUCAGGUUGUUCAUUGCCAUGCUAUAGAGGCUGGUUUCCAUAGCCAUCUCCAAGUCUCGAACGAGUUGAUCGCAAUGUAUGCGAAACUGGGACGGAUGGUGGAUGCACGUAAAGUGUUCGAGGGAAUGGGUGUGAGAACCACUUUGUCAUGGAACAUGAUGGUUUCCGGGUAUUCCUUCAAUUGUGAUUGUGUUGCUGCUCUUGAUAUCUUUCGAAGAAUGGAAUCCGAGGGCUUGGAGCCUAAUCUGGUGACAUGGACUUCUCUCCUAUCAAGCCAUGCUCGUUCGGGGCUAAGUUUAGAAACCUUGAAGCUGUUCAGUUUGAUGCGGAAGAAGGGAAUUGGGGUGAAUGCCGAAGCACUUGCGGUCAUCUUGUCAGUCUGUCCUGAUCUCGGUGCGUUUCAUACAGGAAAGGCAAUUCAUUGUCAUGUUAUCAAGGAUGGUUUCGAAGAUUACUCGUUCGUGAAACACUCACUGAUUAGCUUGUACGGCAAGAGUGGCAAUGUAAUUGAAGCGCAGAUCUUGUUCGAGAAAAUUGAAAACAAGAACACAGUAAGCUGGAACGCUUUGAUAACAUCAUAUGCUGAUGCCGGUUUAUGUGAUGAAGCUUUCGAGGUUUUCUCGCAGAUGGAGAGACCUGAUAUAGUUAGCUGGACUGCUGUAAUAAGUGGCUUCGCCGCAAACGAGAGAGAAGAAGAUGGGUUGAAUCUCUUCCGCCGAAUGCAGAUUGCUGCCAACGUGACAGCAAACGCUGUCACGAUUUGCAGCGUCUUGUCAGCAUGUGCAGAGUUAUCAGCACUGAAUCUAGGGAAGGAAAUUCAUGGAUACACAACAAGAACAUUCCUCUGCAACGAGCUUCUGGUUUCGAACAGCCUGGUCGAUAUGUAUGCGAAAUGUGGGAAUUUGAAGGAAGGCCGUAGAGUCUUUGAGAGAAUUGAGGGUAAAGAUGUGAUUUCAUGGAACUCCAUCAUCAAAGGACACGGGAUGCAUGGACUUGGCGUCGAAGCUCUACAGAUGUUUGAUCGUAUGAUCACUAAUGGCCAUCGGCCGGAUGGGAUAACCUUUAUUGCGAUUCUCUCAGCUUGUAGUCAUGCUGGACUUGUCAGCCAGGGUCGUUUGCUUUUUGAUAAAAUGGUUUCAAAGUAUCGAAUUGAACCCAGGAUGGAGCACUAUGCUUGCACGGUGGAUCUGUUGGGCCGGUCGGGUUUAUUGGAAGAGGCUAGUGAAGUUGUGAAGAACAUGCCAAUGGAGCCUAAUAAUUGUGUGUUGGGUGCUCUGUUGAACUCUUGUAGAAUGCACAAGAACACGGCUUUUGCAGAGAAUGUAGCGUCUCGAAUGUUUGGUCUCGUAUCUGAGAGUUCUUGGAGCUAUACAUUGAUGUCGAAUAUAUAUGCCGGUAAUGGUAAGUGGGAGGAUUCUGCCAGGGAGAGAGUCUCAGCGAGGAGUAAAGGGUUGAAGAAGGCUGUUGGGCAGAGUUGGAUUGAGGUGAAGAAGAAGGUCUGCAAGUUCGCGGCAGGGGAUUGCUUGGAGGAGAAGGAUUCGGAGGAGAUCUUUCAGGUGCUCAAGGGACUGACGAUUCAGAUGGAGGAUAUCAGUGACGAUGAUGAUAUCAUGUUUGGCAAAUUGAUGAAGCUGAAAUAUUGAGAUGCUAGAGCCUCAGAUUUCGGGUGAUUGCUGUAACUGUGUUUGGUCCAGUGUAUAGCAGUAUUAGUACGCAAAUAUUAUUUGUCUCAAUUGCAUAUUCUGCACGUUGUAGUGUGAUGUAAGUUGAAGCUCAUGAUCUUUGCUAAGUACUCUGAUACAUUGUUGGAAUGACAACACAACAUAAUUUAAUUUACAGGGUUCUUAACAGUGUAUAAAAUUAGAAUUACUGGGAUUCCAAGGGUUUACAUACACUAGUUACUACCAUAACCCUUUUUCCUACCUUACACAAGGAUGUUUUAUAUUACAAGCCUUAUGAGAAGAAGAAAAAAUAAAGACACAG